CAGAGGAAACUUUCCCAGAGUUCCUCCGAGCUCUCAGGGCGGGAGGGACGGCAGCGGCCGGGCGGAGGCUGGCUUCGGUCGGGUGCUGGAGUGGCGGGGGGCUCGCGACGAGGGAGGCCUCACCACGGCUCCUUUACCGGUGUCUCGUGGGCGCUGAGCUGCCACUGGGGCCCGUCACCAGUGCAGGCACCGCGCUGACCCCUCCCCUGGCAGCGGUUCGGAGCCGGGCGCCCUGGCGUGGAGUGAGCACAGACUCCAGCGGGUUCGACGGCAACUACGCAUGUUUUGCCCAAAAUGAAACCAGUGCGGUCGGCAGCCGCGAGUCUUCGAACACGGCUAUGCCCGCACCCAGAGCGCGCGUUCGGGAGGCUAGUUGUUUUGCAGGGACACUAACCACCCGACGUAGGGAAGCGCGGCUCUGCCCCUGGCUCGCGGUCCGGAGGGGAUAGCGCAGGGCAGGGCUGGGGACUCGGGCCCCUCGCCUGGCCCGGGUGGCCAUGGCGGCGUCCCGGGACGCGAGGCGGCUCUACAGGCUGGUGCAAGAAGGUCGACUGUGCGCCCUGCGGGAGGAACUGCAGGGAGCGGGAGCCGCCUGCUGCCCGGGGCCGGCGGGGGACACCCUGCUGCACUGCGCCGCCCGCCACGGGCAUCGGGACAUCCUGGCCUAUCUGGCCGAGGCCUGGGACAUGGACAUCGAGGCUGCCAAUCGAGACUACAAGCGGCCCCUGCACGAAGCUGCCUCCAUGGGUCACCGGGACUGUGUGCGGUACCUGCUGGGCCGAGGAGCCGUGGUCGACUGCCUGAAGAAGGCUGACUGGACUCCUCUGAUGAUGGCUUGCACAAGGAAGAAUCUCGAGGUGAUCCAGGACCUUGUAGAACAUGGUGCAGAUCCACUUCUGAAGAACAAAGAUGGCUGGAACAGUUUCCAUAUUGCCAGCCGAGAAGGUGACCCUCCAAUCCUCCAGUACUUGCUCACCAUUUGCCCAGAUGCCUGGAAGACAGAGAGCAAAAUUAGCAGAACUCCUCUGCACACAGCAGCAAUGCAUGGCUGUUUAGAGGCAGUAAAGGUGCUUCUUCAGAGGUGUCAAUAUCAACCAGACUGCAAAGACAAAUGUGGCCUCACACCCUUUAUGGAUGCAAUUCAAUGUGGGCACAUCAACAUAGCCAAGCUGCUCCUCAAAAAACAUAAGGCUUGCAUUUGUGCUGAGGAUUUCCUGGGAGCCCAGGCUAUACACAGGGCAGCAGUCACUGGGCAGAAUGAAGCCAUCCGAUUCUUGGUAUCUGAACUUGGCAUUGAUGUAGACGUGAAAGCAACAUCAACCCACCUUACAGCACUUCAUUAUGCAGCUAAGGAAGGACAUGUGAGUACCGUUCAGAUGCUCAUUUCCUUGGGUGCUGACAUCAACUCUAAAGAUGAAAGAAAUCGAUCAGAGAGAGUGGAAGAAAGGGGGAGAGAUAGAGAAAUCGAUUGGUUGCCUGCCCUGACCCUGGCCAGGAUGAAGCCUGCAAUCGAGCCCUACACCUGGCCUGCGCGGGUCAGCAUCUGGCCUGCAUCGAGUUUCUUCUACGGUCUGGGCUGAGGGACUCCCCAGACGUCACGGGCACCCUGGCUCAACAGCUCACACGGAACACAGACAUCCUUCAGUGCUUUGGCCACAGCAUGACGGCAUGAGGCUGUUUCUAAAAGGCAGUAAAACUCAUGGUAACUUAAAUCCUGCUGCUUAAGUCAUUACCAGGUUCAGUGAAAUCUGAGGAUAGUUGCUGUCCUCUUCCCUCCCUCCCCUGCACUCUGCACCGCAGCUGAGAGUCCCAGAGGAUGUGGACGCUGGCUUCCUAUAUGGAGGGAUGGACACACUAAAAAUCUCUUCUUACCUGCAUUUCGUUUUGUGGCCUUAAAAUGGAUUUAGAUGAUGUUUGUGAGGUCAAUGUCUGGACUCCUUAGAAAGCAUGUAACAUGCAGGAAUAUAAUAUAGCAUACAUGCUUUUAUAUAUUUAUAUAUAUUUGUACAUAUAUAUGAAAUGUUUUAUAGUAAGCAUAUGAUAAGGCAGUAAUAAUAUUAAAAAUAUAGCAAAUUAC